AUGGGCAAGAAAGUCUAUGUUAAAAAGUCUAGAAAAGAAAUGGAGUCAUACCUUACUGGAGCCCUGAACGACCCCGACUACGCUAAUGUUGCAGCUGAAAUUUGUGAUUUAAAUAUGUCGUCAGGAUUGGGGACCUCAGCGGUUAAUGAUGAAAACUUGCAUAACAACAUUAGAUCAUCUGAUCGAGAUGUGGUGUGGGGAGUUGCAGGUCUCCACACACUCGUGAAUUUGUCUAACCUCCUGGAUAGCAUACCCAAUACAUCAGGGUUUCUCAGAACUAACGAGAACGGGGUCUGUGCUCCGACUACUCGACACAACGAUGGUAGAUCUGGGAUACGCAAACCGCUCUCGGAUUUGUCUAUCCUGGUGGAUAAUAUACCCCACACAAUACGGGGUGGCCAUGGAUCAUGCAAAAGACAGAGAUCCAAGCAGGCUGCGGAUCACCUCCCAAGGGGACAGCAUACAACUUUACGAAAUGCUGAUGCAAAGAGACAACGAACGGCUCAGAGUGCGUCCCCCGUUUUGAAUGCCAGCGUCAUCGCUAUCGAUAAUGUAGCACCUUUGGAGUCUGACGCUAGAACAUCUGGUCAAGGGUCGAGCACACAUGACAUAGUAGAGAGCUUUGUAGAUUGGGAUGAGGAUCUGAUUAACGCAUGGGACGCUUGCGAUUUUGAACUACCUACACCGUCGCAAUCACCAUCAGAGUCCAUGAAUGUUCAAGAAACACCUGUGGCUUCCGAACAGACCCCAGAGUUAGGGGUGAUCCACAUAAAUCAAGAAGACAACAAUUCUGAGGAUACAGAAUUGUCCCCAUCUGUUUUGACCCAGAGCCUCGAUGUCCAAAGAACCGUGGAUUCCGAACAGGCCACUGCUGUGGUACAACUAAAUCGAGAAGAGAUUGAUUCUGAGGAUACAGAAUUGUACACAUCUGUCAUGACUCCGACCCUUGAGAUCCGAAGCGUCGCGGCGUCCGAACAGGACCCGGAGCCAUUGCCUGGUAAUCAACAGGCCUAUAGAAACGAACUUGCGGAUGAUGAACAGGUCACGGGCAGCACAGGAAAUGAAGUGACUCUAGAAGAGCUCAAAGACUUUUUGCAUUAUGUCUGGUACGAUUAUACACAGUUUAAGCAGUUUGUAGUCUACGGUUUUUCAAACCAGGAUACAGAGCGAAGAAAACUGUUUGAGUUAAUCACCGAAAUUAUCACUCUGUUAAAAAAACCGACUUUGUAAGUGACAAAUCCGUUUUCUGACGUUUUAAACUUAUACCGUUGAGUGUUCUUAAUACCAGAUAC